UGGAAAAGGCUCCACUCCAAAGUGAUCUGUCGCUUUCGUUCAACGGUUCGUCCACGUUUUCCCUGUUUGUUUCCCGAGAAAAAGUAAAAAUCGAGUGCAGAAUCCAUUCUCGGUCCUUUGGCUGCGUAACUAUGGCGGAUGAUUUUGCUAAGGCCGUUGAGGAUGGCCUCAAGUUCGCCAAGCGCGUGUAUCUCGGCAAGGACAGAGCAGUGGCGGCGCCGCCGCGUCCUUCGCCGGCGAUGGAGAGGUCUUCUUCUCAGGCGUACCUCCCUACUGCGCCGAUGCUUUACGCCGUUAUAUCCGACCCGGCAAUCGUGGAUAAUCCGGAUCUUCCGAGCUACCAGCCUCACGUCCAUGGAAGGUGCGAUCCACCGGCUCUGAUCCCGUUGCAGAUGAACGCGAUUGAGCUCGAGGUUGAUUGUUUUCUCGACACGGCUCUGAUUCGGGUCACAGGUUCGUGGCGGGUUCACUGCGUGAUGGGAAGCCGGAGCUGUGAUUGCCUGAUUGCUAUUCCCAUGGGCGAACAGGGUUUAGUUCUAGGUGUUGAUGUUGAGAUUCCUAGAAAAUCAUACACUACUCAAUUGAUCACUUCUGAUCACGGCAAUGAAAUGGAGAAAAAUGCUCGACCCAGAACCGGAAAUGGAGGCUUCUUGAAACCAAACAUAUUUACCUUGACAAUACCACAGGUUGAUGGGGGUACGAACCUUUCUGUUAAACUUUCUUGGUCUCAGAAAUUGUUGUAUAUAGACGGGGAAUUUUUUGUCGAUGUUCCCUUCAAAUUUCCCGAGUAUGUAACUCCUGCUGUAAAGAAACUCUCAAAGAAAGAAAAGAUACACUUGAGUCUCAAUGCUGGCGCCGAUACCAAAAUUCUCUGCAAAGGGAGUAGUCAUCCUCUAAAGGAAAAGACUAGGAAUGCAGGAAGAUUGGGGUUUUCGUAUGAAGCAGAGGUUCUAAAAUGGUCAAACACCAACUUCAGCUUUUCAUAUGUGGUUUCCUCAAGUAACAUAUUUGGCGGGCUUUUCCUCCAAUCCCCGCCUGUUUAUGAUGUUGAUCAAAGAGGCAUAUUCUCUAUCUACCUUAUACCAGGAAGUCAGCAAAGCACAAAGGUGUUCAAACGGGAGGUAGUAUUUGUCGUUGAUUUAAGUGGGAGCAUGAGUGGAAAACCUCUUGAAGAUGUAAAAAGUGCAAUAUCCACGGCCCUGUCUAAGCUGAGUGCUGGAGAUUCCUUUAACAUUAUCACCUUCAGCGAUGAUACUUCUCUGUUUUCGACAUCAAUGGAGUCAGCUACAGCAGAUGCUGUUGAAAGGGGCAUUCAGUGGAUGAGUGAGACCUUUGUUGCUAGUGGUGGUACAUCUAUGCUUCCUCCUCUAGAAAAGGCUGUGGAGAUGCUGUCUAACACUCGUAGCUCUGCUCCUAUGAUCUUCUUCAUAACUGAUGGUUCUGUUGAAGACGAGAGGCACAUCAUUAACGUGAUCAAGAAACGUCUUGCAUGUUCUGGAUCUUUGUGUCCACGCAUAUACACUUUUGGGAUUGGUAUAUUCUGUAAUCACUACUUCCUGAAAAUGCUUGCAAAUCUAUCCAAGGGUCAGGAUGAAUCCGCAUAUGUUACAGAUCACAUUGAAGAACGAAUGGAGAAACAAUUUACCAAAGCUCUUUCCACCAUUCUCAUGAAUGUAACAAUUGAGCCCCUUCAGAAUUUAGAGGAAGUCGAGGUAUAUCCUUCUAACAUUCCAGACCUCUCAUCUGCAAGCCCAUUGAUUAUAUCUGGAAGAUGUCGUGGAAAGUUUCCUGAAAAUGUUAAAGCCAAAGGUCUACUAGGAGAUUUUAGCAGCUUUGCCCUAGACUUGACUGUACAAAAUGUGAAAGACAUGCCUCUUGAUAAAAUACUUGCCAAGAAUGUUAUUGACAUGCUUACAGAAGAGGCAUGGCUCUUAGAAGACAGACAACUACAAGAAAAGAUUGCUAAAAUAAGCAUCCAAACUGGUGUACCAUCUGAAUAUACUCAAAUGAUAUUACUGGAAAACAUUGAAGGACCAAAACCCAAAGAGGCGGGCGGAAAGAAAAAGGCUUCAAGAAACAGCGAGAAGCAGAAGCUAGCGUCGAGAAAGAUCCCGCUUCAAAGCAUCGGAACGGGAUUCGGGGACGUAGCAGCGACCUCCGACAACGUCUCCCCGGGCUUUGAAGCCCAGAAACCGCCGGACGCAGCAGAGGUUUUGGCGAAAGCGGCAUCCAACUGCUGCACGUCGGUAUGCAACAAGUGCUGCUGCAUGUGUUGUAUCCAGUGCUGUUCCAAGUUAAAUGAUCAGUGUGUGAUCGUUCUCACCCAGCUCUUCUCCGCUGUGGCUUUCAUCGCCUGCUUCGAGUGUUGCUCCCAAGUUUGUUGCCCUGGUGAUGAUGGCUAAUUUCACACACACACACAUAUAUAUAUAUAUAUAUGUGUGUGUGUAUAGCUCAUAGAGUAUAUGAUAAGGACGGGAAAAAAAUGUGUGAUAGUAAAAGAAGAAAAAUCCUAUAUAAAUACGCGAAUUUGUCAAAAAACGAUGAAUAAAUUACACGAAUUUGUAAUUUUUUUAAAAAAAUAUACCAAUCUGCACCAAAAAAAUCAAAUUACUGUACGAAUUCUAACGGUGUUUAUCUGA